AUGGCUCCUGAUGCGCUCCCUACUAAUGAGACAGGCGAAUCGUCCGUUGUUGUUCGCUUUUCUGACGUUGAAAUUCCAGACCUAUCAUUAAAUGUUAAUAAUAUCCCAUUGCAAGAGAUCAAUACCAAAUGGCUUCGAACGAUGUGCAGGCAGCUGCGUGGGCGUUUCACAAAUGGACGACGUCUCAAAUUUAUUAGGAACGGGAGAAUGCUGAAUAGCCAUUCUGAUUUGCGUCUAGAAGAGUACUUUGAUGCGGGAAGUCCACAAUUUUACGUACAUUGCAUAGUCGGACAAGAAUUGUCACGAGAUGAGUUGUCGCGUGAAGACGCUCUGGAUGACGCUGUUCAGAACACGGAGGGCACUACGACACAAGCGAUCGGUUUCGAUCGUCUGCGCUCCGUAGGGUUCAGCGAUGAGGAAAUAGAGCUGCUCAGACAGCAGUUUCGUACGACGUAUGGAGACCUGGACGAGUUGUCGCGCACCAACGGUAACGAAGCCCGGGACAUACGUCAAUUAGAAGAGCAAUGGAUGGAAACGGGGGCCAACGAAGAAGACUCCCGGAUCAGUUCGGUCACAAUAGCGGAUUAUAAACAUAAUGUGGAUCUUUUGAUCGGACUUACAGUGGGAUGCGUCUUGGGGGUUUUCAGCCUGUUGCUGUUCAAGCAAGAGGGUCUGUUCAAUAAACGCCAGAAAAUGGCCAUAAUCGGUGGGCUUCUAUUUAACUUUAUGUUCGGAAUUUUACGCAGGUAUUAA